AUGCCUCUUCAAUGUCCGGUGUUAUCUUCAACAAACUAUACGGUGUGGGCUAUAAGGAUGAGGGUUAUUUUCAAUGUUCACGGGGUGUGGGAACAAAUCGAACCGGGUACGGGUGUGGAUGCCAAGAAGAAUAAUAUUGCAAUCGCUCUCAUGUUUCAAGCUAUACUGGAAGAGCAGAUAUUGCAAGUUGGAAAUCUCAAAACAGCAAAGGAGAUGUUGGAUGUUCUAAAGACCCGCCAUUUGGGUGCAGAUCGGAUCAGAGAGGCAAGACUACAGACUUUAAUGGCGGAGUUUGAAAAACUAAAGAUGAAGGAUCAAAGUGCCAUAGACGAGUUUGCUAAUAAGUUGUCAGGGUAUGCCUCUAGAGCCGCCUCACUUGGCUCAGUUAUAGAAGAAACCAAGUUAGUCAAGAAGUUUCUCAACGGAUUGCCGAAGCGGUUCAUUCAUAUGGUGGCCUCAAUAGAACAGGUGGUGGAUUUGAAGACCAUCCGCUAUGAUGAUAUCGUGGGUCGGCUUAAAGCUUAUGAAGAAGGGAUCAAGGAUGAGGAGGAUACUCAAUCCGGUAAUCUAAACCAACUUUUGUUUACAAAAUCGGAUGAAAAAGCAAAGGAAAAGGAGCACAGAUGUGAGCAUUGCGGUUGUGGAAACUCGAAUCGAGAAGAUCUUGGACGAGGCCGAGGUAGAGGUCGGAGGUCCGGUAGAGAUCAAAUGAGGUAG